GCCAUUACUGCCGCGGUUUCGGUUGCGGGUGGUCGUCGUCUGCUAACGCGACUUCUCUGUCGUCUGCUUGCCGCACGGUUCUACACCAUUCGCGCGAGGACUUCGUUUUGGUGCAACUGUUCCCCGUAGGGCUGGAUUCCACUGGCGAGUACAUCAGAAAGUUUUUUUUUCUCGUCAUAACCGAAUUCGACAAUUCCUUUUCCUGUGAUUUUUGAUCGGACAACUGAAAGCGCACCUUGCAGCCUGCCGUGGUGAUACGUUUCUUUUCGUGUGAAGAGAAGUUCAGGCCAGAGGCACGGUUUCGUUGUGCAUUAAACGGUGUAGUGCAGUCGAUCUCUCAAAAGGUUUCGUGGGCCGCUUGGUGCCUUUUUCCGGCUUCCGAUGCUGCAAGAGAUGACUCGCGACGCGGACAUGAACAACCAGAACACACAAAAGACGGAGACUAAUACCUCGCGGUCUGCUCGAGUAACGGCGACGGUGAAGGUGGAGCCCGUGGCCGUCGGAGAUGGCCUCAAACUGAACCCUUACUACUUCAAGACUGUCCCUGGAAUCUUGAAACUGAUUCAAGUGCUGUUCGGCAUGAUCUGCCUGGGCUGCGGUUCCCCGGCGCUGAUUGGCUACGCACGGUUCUUCCUGUUCGUGGCAGCCUUCUGCUACAUCCUUACAGUCCUGCUCUGCGUCAUUUACGUCCUGGGCAUCAACACUGCGCUCUCCGCUCUGCCUUGGCUUCUGGGCGAGCUGGCCUUUACAGUGACGGCUGUAGUGCUGUACAUCAUCGCGUCGGUGACGCAGCUGGUAUCGCAGUCCAGCUACGACGUCUGGCCCCUUAUGUUCUACAGCCUAAGCGGCCAGUACAUCGCCGCCGGGGUGUUUGGACUGCUCCAGGCGAUCGUGUACGGCGCCGGCGCCUUCCUGUUGUUCCAGGACUGGAAGGCCACGAGGCCACCUCCGCCGCCGCCACAGCCACCGCGGACCAAUUAGAAAGGUCGCCUGACGGCUUAUUACAGACACAGCAGAACGAGCCAGCCGCUCAGCCGUGGCGAGACUGUCACGAAGCAUACAUUUGCUAUCUCGUCUCUUUGAGUCUGACAUCAUCUCGGAGCAAGGCUGCUAUUCUCGAGAGAUCGGAUGAACGAAGUGCUUGUCUGUUUUAGAAUGACUAACUUCAUAUUUUGGUCAGACGCGUGUCUCUCCCGAAACACAUCCCAGGGAUACCUACACCCCCCCCCCCCUUUUUUUUUCCUGGGAAAUUGACAUUAUUGGUGUCGUUACGCCAGAUGGGGAUAGUUUAGGAAGGAAAAUUUAAUCAUGACACCAUCUCUUCUCAAAGAAUGUAGGCUGUGCAGGCAACAUCCACACUACUUGUUGUUUCCCUUUAUUUUUUUUUAUUCGUUUUGCUCAUGACCAAACACGACAUAUAUAUCCCAUUUGUUGUUUUCUAAGCUGCCACAAUUACCAUCUGUUCGUGCGGAAGAUAGCGCGAGGUAGCAAUCGAAACUUGUAGCAUCGUGCCGUGCGUGUUUCACAGGUACGUUUAGACAAAUAUGUGAGCUAACUUUUGUAACUCUAGAGCACUGCACUUUCUUAAUAUUACUGAUUAAUCGCGUUGAUUAUUACCUAAAUCGUGACCAUAUUUGCUUCGGUGUAUUCGCAAAACAGCGUCACUUUCAAAUGAGGUAGCGGACUUCAGUAGGUUUAUAGAAGAAGUUAGAUCUCGUAUAUGAUAACCGCAAGUCAUGGCUUUGUAUUGUACGAGUGACGUUGGUUACGAGCAUCACUAGAGGGCGUUUACUCUCUAUCCUGGGAAAAAUGGCGCCAUUCAUUGUUGUGGAAAUGCUCGAGACACGUGCCGCGCGCCACUUCUGGAAAGAGCAUGGCGUCUGAAAUCUAGCUCAGUGCUGCGCUGUGCCGCCAUGAUCUUCACAAGAGCUGCACGUUGCACGUGCCUCUUGCAUCGACGCACCUAGCGCUACCUUUGAAACAUGAAGGGGCUUUAGCGUUUACUGCCCCGUACUGCCCCGUAGCGGAUCAUCUGCCACCUUAUUUAGCGCUGGCGUGCGUGCCCUCUUUUUGCACUCGAGAAAAACCUGUCCAUUCGAUGCCUUUAGUAUGCACAAAGUCCUACACAAAUAAUCGUAAAAUAUUGCUGUUGCCAUACGUGAAUGUCGGAAACUGGGCCGAGUAACGUUCUUCGUGCACGAAAAUGUGUGGAAAGAACGGAGUGUAGCAAACCAAUUCUUUUUUGUCCUAGGCACUUGUUGGGUUGCGAAUAUACUGUUGACAUAAACGAGUCUUCACGGAGAUAUAUUGCAGCUUUUCACUAACGUCAUAAUUUAACUGUUGUAUUUCUGCCAGCUGUGCAGAAAAAAAAAAGUUUCUCCGCCGUUGAUAUCGACGGUCGUCUUGAAGAGCAUGGUUUAUGGUGCCGUACAGUAGAAGCAAGUGCAGCGUGCGUGGGAGGGUACAUACCUUUGGAAGAUCUGCAAUCGUGCGUGAUCUCUCCAUGAGCAAAAAUAUGACAGAGGCCAGUGCUCUCUGCUUGCAAUCGACCAUAUAAAAUGUUUGGCAUCGGCCAAUCUAAAACUUGAAAAGUGAAGGGAAGAAAGGUAUAUAUAAAAUGAUGUAAGUUGUUGCAGUUAUUAGUAAUCUCUUGGUAUUCAAAGCGGCAUUCGGCACCUGCUUCUGCUUAUAUGGCUGACACCUUUGAUGACAUCAGGCGUUGAUUCGUUACCAUCAACGUCUCUUUUCGCUGUAUUGUAAGCUCGUGCUAAAAAUGAUUUGAUGUUCUUGUGUACGGGAAUUGACAGGCUUGCAAUUUUUUUUUAAUACGCACAUGUACAUAGUAGCUUUAAGGAGUCAGCGACCAAGCCUCUGUUAAGUUUCUAUAAAACCUGUACCUCAAAGUGUGCCGUGUGUUCAUAUUAUUAUAACUUAAGACGCCUGUAUCACUAGAGGUUGUAUUUCUAAGCUAAGAUUAAAGCUAUCUAAAUGA